UAAUUUCUCAUUCCAAUCUGGCUUAGAUUUCGUCACUGCUGUGCUCAUUCAUUUUGACGUUGGGCAGUACCAUAUCACUAACCCUCCCGCGUUGCACAGAAGACACAUUUCAGUCUCAAGUCUUCGCUGAUCAAAGAAGCAAAUGGCUUUAUUAGAUAAGAGCGUGCCAGAGAAUUUGCCUCCGGUGUUGGAUGCCACUGCAGACCAACCUCCACUCUUCGACGGAACCACAAGGCUGUACACUGCAUACACAUGUCCAUUUGCACAGCGUGUGUGGAUCACUAGGAACUAUAAGGGAUUACAAGACAAAAUCCACCUUGUUCCUUUAAACCUUCAAAGUAGGCCUUCUUGGUAUGGGGAGAAAGUUUACUCUGUUAAUAGGGUGCCAGCUUUGGAACACAAUGGCAAAAUCAUUGGGGAGAGUCUUGAUUUGAUUAAAUACCUUGAUAGCAACUUUGAAGGACAAUCUCUUCUUCCUGAUGAUCCUGCUAAAAAGGAGUUUGCUGAAGAGUCAUUUUCCUAUACUGAUACAUUUAACAAAACUGUGUUUACUUCAUUUAAGGGAGAUGUGGCAAAAGAAGCUGGUCCUGCUUUUGAUUACUUGGAAAAUGCUCUUCACAAAUUUGAUGAUGGCCCAUUCUUGCUUGGCCAAUUCAGUUUGGUGGAUAUAGCCUAUAUACCAUUUGUUGAAAGAUUCCAAAUCUUCUUGUCAGAGGUAUUCAAAUAUGAUAUCACUGCAGGCAGGCCUAAACUUGCUGCUUGGAUUGAGGAGAUAAACAAGCUUGGGGCUUACAAGCAGACAAAAACAGAUCCUAAAGAGCUUGUUGAAUUUUACAAGAAGCGAAUUCUGGGUCAGUAAUUGUCUUGCCGGUGUUUGUUUUACGUAUAAGACUGAAUAAGAGCCUUCAUAUCUCCUAAGGAAUGUCGCUUUGGUUGAAUUUUUUUUUUCUUUUUUUUGGUGUUAUUUUGUUAGGGAUAAUAUAUGUGUGCUUGUUAAUAUUUGAACUAUCAAGUUUGGUCUUAGUUCUGUAAGGAUCAAACUCGUGAUAUUAUUGUGUUGAUGAAUGGUCUACCUAUAUAUGUGUUGAGUGCAUAAAUAAAGAUGAAAAAUCUGCAGUUACUGUA